CCUCCUCUCAUUUUCUAGCUUGCUUGUUUAUCUCACUAGCUUUUCAUCAGAGUAACAUCCACUCUGCCUCUGUGCUGAGCACAGUGGGUCCUGCUCUUGGCUGGGGCUUUUAGACACCACUAGGAGUAACAGAUAUGAUUCUCUCUUUACGUCUGUCUCCUCCCUCUCCGUCCAUGCUCCAGUGCUUGUGAGAGACUUCAAAGAGACGCUGUCUUCUGUGGCUUCGGGAUCCCUGCAAGAAAUGGGAGUCUGAUGGAUUGUAAAUGCACCUGCUUUGUUUAAAACCCAGCCAAACAGAUAAGUGCACUUUUAAUUAUCUCCGAACGGUGCUUUAGACAUAGCUGUGCACAGCAUCUCUCUUCAGUUUGGUGAGGCUCUGUGUUUCACCCCUGCAAAUGAAUGCUGUGUGGGUCUCAUUUCAGCUGAGAAAAACCAGACACUAUUGGUAUUUCACAUUAAGGUAAUUAACUGGUGUCUGAAGGAGCUGCAGCUGAGGGGUUGGGAGGCUCCCAGGGGUCUAUCCUUGCUCUUCCAGAGCCACUGUCGCCAGCAGCCCUGUGAGGUUUUGGGACUCUGAGGAGGAACUCUGCGGGACCAGACGAGGCUGAUGUGACCCAUCUGAGCCUUAAAGAGUCCUGUGGGACUCAUUAGAGGUUUAAUAACUAAACUUGGCUGGUUUGAUUGAGAAGAUGCUUGUGCAGGCUUGGCACAAUCUCAGAGAAACCAGCUUGUGCUGCUGGCAGGAGAAAGGGCUUUCUGCAUGUGUUUGUCAUAUGUGUGCAGAGAAAGUGAUAACCCUGCUUCCUCCCAACAGCUUCCAGGUGGGAAAAGAGCUGGGGAUGGGGGAGAAAAGACCUUGGUUACCCUGAGUUUACACAGGGCAUGCCAAGAAGUAUCAUUGGUGAGUGGUAACAAGAAUUGUCCCCUCAAAGUUAGGGGAACAUUUUUGUCUCUUUAGCAAGAAGGCAGCUUCUGGCUGCUUAGGUCUGCUUCUAGAGGUGACCACUGUCUCCUUCUGGAUACACCACUGCAAUUACUAAAUUAUUCAAGAAACCCAUAAAAUAGGGUCUCAUUUUGUCUCAAAGUGUAACUUUGCAAUAAUAUACAGCCAUGGGGUCGGGGCAAAUAUUCGGCAUAAUGCAAUUUACUGUAUUAGAAUAAUGAAAAAAAAAAAAAAAAAAAAGCAUUGAAGCUGAGUGCAUGAGCUUAUUAUUGUUGUUAUUAUUAUUAUUGUUGGGGAUGUGUGGCAGGAGGCCGGACAAGAGCCACAUUAUUUACUCCAGACUUGUCUUGCUUGCUCUACCAGGGAUAAUUACAAGUGUGAAACGUCUGCCUUGCUAUUAGGAAAACUACAGACAGGUUUGCUACAGCAAAUGAGGCUGUAGCAACUGACCUGAAUUCAUCUUACCUUCCUAAGCAAAAGGUGAGCCUUGAGGACACCUGAGAGACUGUAGCUCCUGAAUGCAUGACCUUCCCCUGUGAUUAGAAGAAAGCCAUGGGGAAAGACAAGAAAGAAGAGGCCAUCUUCCUGAGGAAAAAGAUAACUUUGCUGCGAGCUUUCUCGCUGCUCAUCGGCAGCAUGGUUGGCAGUGGCAUCUUUAUUUCCCCCAAAGGAGUACUGAAAAACUCUGGCAGCGUGGGAUUCUCCCUGGUCGUGUGGUUUUCCUGUGGGCUCUUCUCCAUGUUUGGUGCCUUGUGCUAUGCAGAGCUUGGAACAAGAAUCACCAAGUCUGGAGGACAUUAUAUCUACAUUUUGGAGACACUAGGGCCUCUGCCAAGCUUCUUAUUCCUGUGGGCAGAGUUUUUUGCUAUCAGGCCUGCCAACAGUGCUGUGGUUUCCCUGGCAUUUGGUCGCUACAUGCUGGAGCCGUUUUUCACCCCCUGUGCUGCCCCUGUCCCUGCGGUGAAGCUCGUCUCUCUCCUGGGCUACUACAUGGUCCUCACCCUCAAUUCCUGGAGUGUCACCUGGAGCGCGCGGCUGCAGACAGCUCUCUCCGUUGUCAAACUCCUGGCUCUUGCACUCAUCAUUGUGCCAGGGAUGAUGCUGCUGGCCCAGGGCCACACCGAGAACUUCCAGGAUGCUUUUGACAGACAGUCGCUGGUUCUGGAUAAACUCCCCCUGGCUUUCUAUGCAGGCAUGUUCGCAUACUCCGGCUGGUUUCAGACCAGCUUUGUGCGUGAAGAGUUGGUCAAACCUGAACGAAAUAUCCCCCUGGCUGUCAUCGUGUCCGUCAUCUCGGUAAUUGUGGGGUACAUGCUCACCAAUGUCUCCUAUUACACGGUCCUGGGAACACAAGAUGUUCUGGCUUCUCCUGCUGUGGCUGUGAGCUUUGUGCAGCGAGCUUUCAAAAGCCUGAUCUCCGUGGUCCCUGUCCUUGUCGCACUGUCCUGCUUUGGAACCAUGAAUGGAGGAAUCUUCACAUUUUCAAGGACUCUGUUUGUGGCUUCCAGGGAAGGGCAGUGGCCUCCUCUCUUCUCCAUGAUCCACAUUCGAAGGCAUACCCCUCUUCCCGCUGUCAUGUUAAUGUUCCCUUUGGUCACUGCCAUGGUGUGCAUUGGAGACAUCUACCAUCUACUGAACUUCUUCAGCUUUUCCCGAUGGCUCUUCAUAGGAUUAGCCACCCUCGGGCUCAUCAUCCAUCGGCACCGUCACCCGGAGCUGCACAGCCCCUUCAGGGUUCCCCUGUUUGUUCCUGUCUCUUUUACCAUCAUCUGCCUCUUCACAGUGGCAAUGUCUUUCUACUCAGACCCUGUGAGCAUUAGCAUUGGAUGCACUAUGGUUUUGAGUGGUUUUCCAGUCUACUACCUCAUAAUUCACAGGCAGAUGUCAGACCGCUGCCGCAACCUGUUCUAUUAUCUGACACAUAAACUACAGUUACUGCUGGAAGUUGUCCAACAAGAAAUCAAGACUUACUGAGAAAACCAUCAGAACUCAGAGAAGACAAUAAAAAUCUACUUACACCAUUUUUGACACCUUUGAUUCUACCAUAAGCAGGCCAUGCUUUUAUUCUUUUUUAGUCAGUGAAAAUGAGGACAACUCUGAGCCAAAACCUUGCUGCAAGUGUUCCUAAGCUUGCCAAUAGGGAUCAGAUCCUGCCCUUUCAUUUUUUUCAGGAGAGCGAACUAGUUGUCUGAAAUGAGCUUGCUUUGCCUGCAGUGUCUUUGAAACCAAGAUCCUAAUUUAUCCCAGUCCCGAGUAAAAUUGAGUAUGUGUGUGUACAGAGACAACAUUUUGUUUUCCUAGCUUGGCAAACAGAGGAAGUGGGCAUGUUGCAGAACUUAGAAUCCAACACAUGGAAGCCAAAUGCAAGUUUCAAACAGAACUAUAGCAGCUUUGUUGUGGACAACGGGAAGGGUUGGGGAGAGCGAAU